UUUCAUCCCAUUUUCAUUUUUUUCUUUGAAGAUCUUUGAAUUUUUUAUUAAAAGCAAAAACAUGGGUAUUUCUGGGUUUGUAGCAACAGUAUUAUUAUCAACGUUCCUCUGUGUUCAUCUCUUUGGUGGAUCUGUUAUCGGUCUUGGUGUGAACUGGGGCACAAUGGCGACCCAUAAAUUGCCACCGGAAACAGUAGUUCAGAUGUUAAAAGACAAUGGGAUUAAAAAAGUGAAGCUUUUCGAUGCAGAUUCAAAGACUAUGAAUGCUCUUGCAGGGAGUGAUCUUGAAGUAAUGGUUGCCAUUCCUAAUGAUCAGUUGCUUGCUAUGAAUAGCUAUGGUCGUGCUAAAGAAUGGGUUAAGAAGAAUAUCACCUUAUAUAACUUCAAAGGAGGUGUUAACAUUAAGUAUGUAGCUGUUGGGAAUGAACCAUUUCUCACAUCCUACAAUGGUUCAUUUGUAAACACCACAUUCCCUGCUCUUCAAAACAUUCAAAAUGCACUUAAUGAUGCUGGUGUUGGGGACACAAUAAAGGCCACCGUGCCCUUAAAUGCUGAUGUCUACAACUCACCCUCAAGCAACCCUGUGCCGUCUGCCGGCCGGUUCCGGCCCGAUAUCAGUGGAACUAUGUCGCAAAUAGUCAGUUUCCUAGCCAAGAACAGUGCACCUUUCACCGUGAACAUCUACCCUUUCCUCAGUCUUUACGGAAAUGACGACUUCCCUUUCAAUUAUGCUUUCUUCGAAGGAGGAAACCCGAUUGUUGAUAACGGGAUUCAGUACUCGAACGUUUUCGAUGCUAACUUCGACACAUUGGUAUCGGCUUUGAGAGCAGUAGGCCAUGGGGAUAUGCCCAUUAUCAUUGGGGAAGUUGGUUGGCCUACAGAUGGUGACAAGAAUGCCAAUAUGACUAAUGCUCAGAGAUUUUACAAUGGACUCUUGCCGAGACUUGCAGCCAACACCGGCACACCUCUCCGUCCAGGGUACAUCGAAGUUUACUUGUUCGGACUUAUCGACGAGGAUGCCAAGAGCAUUGCACCGGGAAAUUUCGAGCGACAUUGGGGGAUCUUCCGGUACGAUGGGCAGCCUAAAUUCCCAAUAGAUCUUUCAGGUCGGAAACAGAACAAGUUCCUCACUGGUGCAAAGGAUGUCAAGUAUCUCAAACAGCAAUGGUGUAUGUUCAAUCCAAAUGCUAAGAACAUUGGCAAACUUGUUGAUAACAUAAACUAUGCCUGCACUUUCACCGACUGCACAGCUCUCGGAUUCGGAUCUUCGUGUAACGGCCUCGAUGCCAACUGGAAUGCUUCGUAUGCGUUUAACAUGUAUUACCAGGUGCAAAAUCAGAAAGACAUGGCAUGCGAUUUUCAAGGAUUGGGCAUAAUUACGACGCAGAAUAUUUCACAAGGGACUUGCAAUUUUAUCAUUCAGCUUGCCUCUUCUUCAUCAUCUUCUUCUUCAGGAAGUCCCUUAGUGGUGUUAUUAGCCAUUUUUACAGUAUUGACUUCAUAUUUUCAAUUCUAGUGUAUUAUUUUUUA